AUGUUGACUCCUGAGGUGUUACACAAGCCACAAUCAGAGGAGGGGUCGGUGAUUGAUAGUGGUUUUUGUAGUGGAGGUGUUGGUUACUUUGCAUGGAAACCAAGUGGUGUUGAUGUUAGAAUACUUGAAGAGAUGCUGAGCUCUGAUGAAGGAGAGGGUGAUUUGUUCUAUGAUUCUGUAGAUUACUUGGAAUUGGGGUGUUAUCAGUUAGAGUAUGAUAUUUGGUUGAAGGAGCCACAGAGUGUCGAGGAGAGACGCCAAGGUUUUCUAUGCGGAAUGGGUCUAGAUGGGUUUGCUUCCAAAAGGGAUGAGAAUAUUGGGCUGGACAGGAUCACUGAAUGCAGUGGGGCUGUAUCAAGUUCUUUAGUUCAAUGUACAAAUCUUGAAGAGGUAAAUUUGGUUAGUUGUAGUGCUGGUAGAGAAGAAAAUUUUGAAGCCAAUUGUAUGGCAGAUGAGAUGAGUAAAGACAGGAUGGAUAAACUGGAUGUAGCUUCUGUAAACGAGAAUGCUGGACCUUCACUCGAUUUGCAAGGAUGUGAACAAUGUGAAGAAGAAAAAUGUAAAAAGUUCGAUUCAGGAAAAAGUAAAAGGAAGAGCUGGUGGAAACUCGUUUUGAAAAAGGGGAAGGAAAGAGGAGGUAGAUGUGCAUCUGAGGUGUCUAAUUUGGAUACUGCAGCACCACAAGCAAACAGAACGAAGGUGAAGCAGAACAAAAAGGGGUGCAUGGAGUUUUCAGGGGUAUAUAUGGGACAGGAAAUUCAAGCUCACAAGGGCUUCAUUUGGACAAUGAAGUUUAGUCCAGAUGGGCAGUAUUUGGCAACUGGGGGUGAAGAUAGGAUUAUCCGCAUUUGGCGUGUUACUUCAGUUGAUUCAUCGUGCAAGUCUUUCAUAUCUGAAGGAAAUUCCGACAGCCAUCUGAACGAAGACAAGUCCAGUUUGAGUCCAAAGAAGAGAACGCAUUCAUCUGUUGUCAUUCCUGAGAAGGUUUUCCAGAUUGAAGAGACACCGUUGCAAGAAUUUCAUGGUCAUACCAGUGAAAUUUUAGACUUGGCAUGGUCCGAUUCAAAUUACCUUCUUUCGUCUUCUAUGGAUAAAACUGUUCGUUUGUGGCGAGUGGGUUGCAAUUAUUGUCUGAAUGUUUUUCGCCACAGUAAUUAUGUAACAUGCAUUCAGUUCAACCCUGUUGAUGCAAACUAUUUCAUUAGUGGCUCCAUUGAUGGGAAAGUUAGAAUUUGGGGACUGUCUGAGAAGCGAGUUGUUCACUGGGUCGAUGUACGAGAUGUAAUAUCUGCCAUAGGUUAUCAGCCAGAUGGGAGAGCGUUUGUAGUUGGUAGCAUUAUAGGCACUUGCCGUUUCUAUGAAGUAUCAGGCACUGAUCUCCAGCUUGAGGCAGAAAUACAUAUUCAUGGCAGAAAGAAAAACUCUGGCAACAGAAUCACUGGCAUUCAGUUUUCCCAGGAAUUAUGUCCAAGAGUUAUGAUCACCUCUGAAGAUUCUAAAGUUCGUGUAUUUGAUGGGGUUGACAUCGUCAAUAAAUUUAAAGGUCUUCCAAAGUCAGGAAGUCAGAUGUCGGCUUCGUUUACUUCAAAUGGGAGACAUAUAAUCUCGGUUGGAGAGGACUGUCGCGUUUAUGUAUGGAAUUAUGAUGGCUUGUGCACCCCAUGGUCUAAACACAUAAAAUCUGUGAGGUCCUGCGAGUAUUUCUUCUCUGAAGGUGUGUCCGUCGCUUUGCCUUGGUCAGGCACGGGAACAGAAGUGAGAGGCUUAAGCAGUAGUAGUCUCCAGAGUUAUGCGCAAACAGAAGAGAAUGCUUCCUGGAGGAGGGAUUCAGAACGUUUUUCUCUUGGCAGUUGGUUCUUCAUGGAUGGCCGAUGCAGGGGGAGCUCUGCGACAUGGCCUGAGGAGAAACUUCCGAUGUGGGAUGUGCCAGUUUUAGAGGCUGAGCAUGAAAAUCAGCAAAAUGAAGAGCUUCAUCAACAGCAGUCCGCUAACACCAAUGCCUACGUCUCCUUAUCAGAUGCAUGGGGGCUCGUGAUUGUGACUGCAGGAUGGGAUGGAAAAAUCAGGACUUUCCACAACUAUGGAUUGCCUAUCAUGCCCAAGUAA